AUGGGCGACACGGCAGAGGCGCCGGCGGUGUGGCCUGCGGCGAUCGGCGACGACCAAGCCUGGACAGGGACGAGAUCUAAAGCAGUGAGAGAAUGGAGUUCAGUGCAACCACUGGUUCCACCAAUAAUAAGGAUUUCUGUUUUGGAGGGGGUAGAUGACUGUACGAUUGGAGAAGAGGUGAGAUCACGAGGGUUGGAUUUCCUCGCCGGAUGGAGGGAGGUUAAGACUUUUGCUUCCUUUACUUUGAAAUGGGAUUCACCCAUGGAUUAUGAUGACAAUGAUUUUCAAAACCAGAAUCUCCAUUUAGCUGGUGAAGGGAGUGCUAAAUUUCCUCCAGUAUUAAGGCCAUAUGCUCUUCCAAAGUUUGAUUUUGAUGAAAAUCUUCAAGCAAAUUUAAGAUUUGAUAGUUUAGUAGAAACUGAAGUUUUCCUUGGCAUUGAAAGUAACGAAGAUAACCAGUGGAUCGAAGCAUUCUCCCGAGGGGGUAAUGGAAUAGAGUUCAGUUCAACUGCUGCUGAGUCUUGCACUAUUUCAAGGCAUGGCAAUGUAUGGUCUGAGGCCACUUCCUCGGAAUCUGUUGAAAUGCUUUUAAAAUCUGUUGGACAGGAAGAUUAUAUUCCUAGACAAACAGUUAUUCAGGAAUCAGAUGCCUGUGAUGAACUGGCCUGCUUAGCUAAGCAAAUGGACACUAAUCCUAAAUUUGAGGACAUAAAUGAAUUUAAAGAUAGUGUUUCAGAUUUACAUCCACCUGGUGGUACCCAUGCAAGUUUUUCUGGACUGAAAGAGGAUGUAGGAAUGGAUAAGUCUCAGGAUGGAUUGUCCCAAGGUCGUGAAGGGGAAUUAUCCUUUGAUGGAACUUCAAGUAAUCUUGAACUAAGUGACAUCCGUGGAAAUAUUGACUUUCCUGUAUCUGAGGGUAGUUUGACUCUCUAUAUGGAUGACAAAAAUAACAAUUCAAGUCUAGGAGAAGUUGAGAUUGUUGAUGAUGAUUCACAUCAUGUCAAAACUCAAGUUGAUUCAUUGGCGGUGCAAACUAAUAUUGCUGAAUCAUCUAUGAAAAAUAUAUAUGAUGAGAAGCAAGGUCCUAUUCAAGCACAAAGUAGUAAUCAAGAUUUGGAAUCUUCUCUGAUGGAUAAAGCUGUUGUGGUAGAGACACAGACUCUGGAUGGAGAUGCUGUUGGUGGUGAUGCACACCAUCUGGAUAAAGCUCUUUGUUCUAUCCCCACAGAAGUAACUUUGGAAGGCGGAGGUGUAGUUGAUGAUCUUAAGCCUGGGUUAGGUAGUUUAGAGAGUUCCAGGGGAGUGGAAUCUGUUGCUGUUACUGACUUGCAGAAACCUGAAAAAAGCAGUGAAGAUAUAUGUUUCAGUGAUCAGUCUCAGAACAAUGCAAGUAAAGAUGUACUGUUGCCCAAAGAUGUGGGAAUGAAUGUUCAGUCUGUACCAAAUACACAUGAAUUGCCAGAAAUGUCAAUUAAAGAUGAUUCUAACUCUGAGGAUCAAGUGGUUGAGAUUAGUAAUUCAAAUUGUGAAAAUUUUCCCAAUAUGCAGCAAAAUGUUGAUGUCACGAAGAUGACAUAUGGUGGGAGUGGUGUUACUGAGGAAGUUGAGCUGUUGAAUGCUGGCGAUCAUGUGAAUACAGUGAUUUUAAGCAAGUCUGAGGCAUCGACGCUCACUGCAGAGGCAAAUAACAUCUCCACUACUGGUGAAGGAAAUGGUGACAAUAAGGUAGGUUUUCCAAAUAGCAGCACAAGUGACCUUUCAACAAAAUCUUCCAUUUUGGGUGAGUCUACUCAAAUAUGUGUGAACAAUGAACCUGACAGACAAAAUGACCACGAAAAAUCUCAUCAAGUUGUCUCUAGCAAUGAUCAGGAUCAACUAUUGAACACUGGUAAUCAUGAGGAUACAGAUAUUUUGUCAAGCAAGUUGGAGGCAUCUAUAUUUACUGCAGAGGAAAAUAACAUUUCUAUCAUUAGUGAAGGAAAUAGUGAUAGUAGGGUAGGGGGGUUUUCAAGUAGUAGUGUCAUGGCUGUUUCAACAAAAUCUUCCAUUUUGGUUGAGUCUACUCAAACUUGUGUAAAUAAUCAGACUGACAGACAGAAUGACCAGGAAAUAUGCAAUCAACUUGUUUCUGUCAAUGAUCAGGACAGUAAAGGGGUUCCUUCUGAUUCUAGUCACAUGCAUUGUGAUGUUGAUCAAUCUCAUCUUGUAGAUAAGGGAGUUGUUUCGUCAUGUCUUAGUGAAGGCAGCAUGGAAACUGAAUUGAUGACUUCCACAGUUUCAAUCCAUGCUAUACCUAAAUCAGUUUCACAAGUUGUUUCUCAAAAUAAUAGUUUGACAUUACAUGAGACGGACAUUCCACCUUCUAACAAAAUUGUUUCAACUCAUGAAGUUACUAGUCACAAUGAUUUUCAAGGGAUAACUUCUGUUGGAUAUUCUCCUACUGAGGGAAAGGGAGAAUAUGCAGGAAAAGAAGCUGAGGAAGCAAGCACAUCUAACCUUAUUGGAUCUUCCGAAAAGGAAACUUCUUCUUGUCCUGUUGUCUCAGGAACUGAAAAACCUCAUUCUUCUGAUACUUCUAGACAACUGUUAUGUGAUAGCAAUAGUCAGCACAAUUUAGGGACAAGUAGUGCUCUAAAGAUUGAUGAACCUCAAGGAACAGAAAAUGGUAAAGUUAUUCAGGAAUGUGCAAAAGAGACUAGUAUUCGUCAAAUUCUAAGUGCAUCUUUGGGGAAACAGAAUGAUGAUGUUGCAGUCUCUUCAAUUAAGGAUGACAAGGAGACUGUGCAGGGGAAUCCUGACAAACCUUCCUCAGAAAAAAUAGAUGACAUUUCACUUGGAAACCAAGAUUCCAUAUCUUCCGCAUCUGUACCAGACUCUUGCAUUGAUUUAGGUGAGACUGGAGGUGGAAGCUUUCCUGCUAAUAGUACUUGUGGUCCAUCUGGUGCACUUGGGAGCCAUUCCCAGUCUGAAAAGGAUAAAAAUCAAAUUGAGGCUUCUGCUAACCAGAACACCCAAGUUUCAGAGAUAAUAAAUGGUAGUGCAAAAAAUACAUUGUCUACUACUGAAGAUCUAAAGGAGAAUAAUGCAUCUAAAGAUGAAAGAAACUCAACUCCUGAGGUAAAUUCGGCGGUUGAUUUGUCCAAAAAGGAUGUUGCAGAUGUGAAUACAGAAGAUGUUGACAAGAUGCAAUCAAUUCAUGUUGCUGAAACCUUAAAAAAACCAUCUGCUAUGGAAGGAUCUCCAACUUUUGGGCUAGGUCCUUCAAAAACCAAAAAUGUAAGAAAAUCAUCUCACGGAAAUCAACUAGUGUCAGAUGUAGAGGUAGUACAGAGUGCUUCAAAAGCUACACCUGUGCGUAAAACUAGGCGAGCAUCCAGUAAGAGCAUUGGAAAGGAAUCUUCUAGAAGAGGAAGUCAUGCAAAGGAAACUACUCUGGCUAGACAGUCUGAUAGAGCUGAUAAGUCAACCAAAGUUUCCCUUAGUCCAUCUCAUGGUUUCCAAAUGAUGCAGUCAAAUGAAGUGCAGCAUUAUGGGCACAUUGAUUCAAAUAGUACAAAGUCAUUUGCUCUUGUAAAUACUUCAACAUCUAGCCUUCCAGAUUUGAACACAUCUGCUUCUUCUCCUGUUUUAUUUCAUCAGCCUUUCACAGAUGUGCAGCAAGUACAAUUACGUGCGCAGAUCUUUGUCUAUGGAGCUUUGAUUCAAGGCACAGUACCGGAUGAGGCUUACAUGAUAUCAGCCUUUGGGGGAUCAGAUGGUGGUAGGAGCCUUUGGGAGAAUGCUUGGCGGGCCUGCAUGGAAAGGCAACAUGGUAAAAAAGCUCACCCUGCUAACCCAGAAACACCUCUGCAAUCACGAUCUGUUGCUAGAAACUCCGAUUUGCCACCUAAGCAAAGUGCCCUUCAAGGGAAAGGUAUCUCUUCACCACUUGGUCGAACCAACAGCAAGGCUACUCCACCAAUUGUAAACCCCUUAAUACCUCUUUCAUCUCCACUUUGGAGUCUAUCAACUCUGGGUCUAAGUAGUGAUUCCCUGCAAACUAAUGCCCUUGCAAGAGGCUCUGUUGUGGAUUAUCCACAGUCAAUUACUCCGUUGCAUCCUUAUCAAACUACUCCUGUAAGGAACUUUCUUGGACAUAACACCCCUUGGAUAUCCCAAAAACCCCUCCGAGGACCAUGGGUUGCUUCUCCAACUCCUGCACCUGACAAUAGCACCCAUAUUUCUGCAUCACCUGUCUCAGAUACAAUUAAGCUGGGUUCAAUCAAAGGAUCUCUGCCUCCUUCCUCUAGCACGAAGAAUGUUACUUCCGGUCUCCCUACUUCCAGUGCAGGUUUGCAAAGUAUAUUUGCAGGAACUGCCUCUCUGCUUGAUGCAAACAACAUGCCAGUAUCGCCUGCUCAACUUUCUUCAGAUCCGAAGCCCAAAAAAAGGAAAAAAGUUGUGGUGUCUGAAGAUUUUGGCCACAGGGCUAUGCAAUCGCUGGGUCCUGCUAUCAGUAGCCAUACAUCUACUUCUGUUGCAGUUGUGGCCCCUGCUGGGAAUGUGCCAAUGACAUCAGUUGUGUCUGUAUCUCCAAUUGUUGAUCAAUGCAAAAAUGAUCAGAAUGUUGAGAAGAGAAUUAUGUCCGAUGAGUCCAUUAUGAAAGUUAAGGAGGCCAGAGUACAUGCAGAGGAAGCUUCUGCUCUGUCUGCUGCUGCAGUGAAUCAUAGCCUAGAGUUAUGGAAUCAGUUGGAUAAGCAUAAAAAUUCUGGCUUGAUGCCAGAUAUUGAGGCUAAAUUAGCUUCUGCAGCAGUUGCAGCCGCAGCUGCAACUGCCAUUGCAAAGGCAGCGGCUGCAGCUGCCAAUGUUGCAUCAAAUGCUGCUCUUCAAGCAAAAUUAAUGGCUGAUGAAGCGUUGUUUUCAUCUGGUUAUGAUAAUUCCAGCCAAAGUAACCAAAUUUCUCUUUCUGAGGGUACCAAUAACUUGGGAAAAGCUACACCUGCUUCCAUCUUGAAUGGUGCUAAUGGAACCAAUAGUCCUGGUUCUAUCAUUGUUGCUGCCAAGGAAGCCGUUAAAAGGAGAGUUGAAGCUGCUUCAGCUGCCACUAAAAGAGCUGAAAAUAUGGAUGCCAUUGUAAAGGCUGCUGAGCUUGCAGCAGAAGCUGUAUCUCAAGCUGGAAAAAUUGUAAGUAUGGGUGAUCCUUUGCCAUUAAGUUAUUUGGUAGAAGCUGGCCCAGAGGGAUGUUUGAAAUCAUCUCGGGAGUCUUCUCAGCAGUUUGGAUUAUUCAACGACAUUACCAGAGGUAUGGUGAACAUUGACAAUGUGAGAGAUAUUCCCGAAACUUCUUAUGCACAAAACAGAGACAUUUUAUCUGGUGGUGGAAUUUCUUCUUCUAUUAAGACCAAUGAAAAAAACUCAAGAGGACCAAAGGGACGCAAGGUUGUUUCUGAUAUAGUCAAGCCUGUUGAUGUGGUUCAUGGAUCUGAUCCUGAAAUUCAGGCUCCUUUUACUGUUAGUAAUGAAUCUCAGAAUCUGGAUGGAAGUAGCAUCAAGGAGGGUUUACUCAUAGAGGUUUUCAAAGAUGAUGAAGGGUUUAAAGCUGCAUGGUUUACAGCCAAUAUUUUGACUUUGAAGGAUGGUAAAGCUUAUGUAUGCUACACUUCACUUGUAGCUGCUGAAGGUGCAGGACCCUUGAAGGAAUGGGUAUCACUUGAAUGUGGUGGAGACAAACCCCCUAGAACACGUAUUGCUCGCCCUCUUACUGCUUUACAGUAUGAAGGGACAAGAAAGAGACGCAGAGCUGCUAUGGGGGAUUAUGCAUGGUCUGUUGGGGAUAGAGUUGAUGCUUGGAUACAAGAAAGCUGGCGGGAAGGUGUAAUCGCAGAGAAGAAUAAAAAAGAUGAAACAACAUUUACUGUUCACUUUCCUGCUAGUGGAGAAACGUUGGUUGUCAGAGCUUGGCAUCUCCGUCCAUCCCUUAUUUGGAAGGAUGGUAAAUGGAUUGAAUCUUCCACAAAAGUGGGAGCAAAUGACAGUUCUGCCCAUGAGGGUGAUACACCACAUGAAAAACGACCUAAAUUGGUUAGUCAUGCGGUAGAGGUAAAAGGCAAAGACAAGAUGUCAAAAGGCAUUGAUACUGUGGAGUCAGCAAAACCGGAUGAGAUCACAUCACUUAAUUUGACUGAAAACGAUAAAGUGUUUAACAUUGGUAAGAACAGCAAGAAUGAAAAUAAACUGGAUGCACACAGAAUGGUGAGGACUGGUCUUCAAAAAGAAUCAAAAGUAAUUUUCGGUGUUCCUAAACAAGGGAAGAAGAGGAAAUUUAUGGAAGUAAGCAAGCAUUACGUAGCACAUGAAAGCAGCAAGACCAAUGAUAGAAGUGAUUCAGUUAAACUUGCAAAUUUCUUGAUGCCUCCUAGUUCAGGACCCAGAGGUUGGAAAAAUGGUUCCAAAGAGAAACAUGGAGCUGAUUCCAAGACCAAAACAAGUCAUACAGAAAGGAUCAAGGAAUCUUCAAAUCACUUAAAGAAUACUUCUCAGAACGAAAGUAAGGUGGAGAGAGCACCCCACACUGCAACCGAUGGAGCAACUCAAGGACCAAUCUUGUUUUCAUCACUGUUAACUUCGGUUGAUGCUCUUCCUGCUAAAAGGGCAUCCUCAUCAAGAGCAAGCAAAGGUAAACUUGCACCUGCCCGUGAUAAGAUGGGUAAAGGGGACGCAGAAAAGGCUAUAAAUGACAAUCCGUUGAAAUCAGCAUCUGAUGUCGUUGAGCCCCGGAGAUCCAAUCGUAGAAUCCAGCCAACGUCAAGAGUUAAACGGAAGAAGAAGCUGGCAAUUACAAUGAUGUGGUACAGUGAAAAGGAAGGGGCGGCCUGUGACAUACCUAGCAUAGAUGUGUAUAUUUAUAAUAGAGAAACAACCAACCAACCUAGGAAUGGAAAUUCUUGCUUCCUAUGUUUUAGGCAGACCAUAGCUCAGUAG